AGUGUAAACGGCUCUGAGCAUUUUUCACCAUGUGGUAAGGUCAUCCUUGGUCUAAACUGCCUGUUUUUCCCGAGAUUUCCUGCGAAUCUCUAAGUUGAGAGGUCCGCCAUGUGUCUAAUGUGCGGUAGUGGUCCGGUCUAAUCGAGAGAAGACAUCAAAGCUCUUUAAUGGCGACACCAUCCAUUGAAAGCCAAUUCAAACCACAGUCAUUGAGUGUCUUUUAAUUCCACGUCUGUAAAUGGAUUUUUAUUCGGCUUGCCAGGGGGUAGCUUGUCUCUCUGUCAGGGGUUUUGAGUCACUGUGAACAAGCCAGAACUGUUCGAGUUUGAGCUCGGGGACUCUCGAGGUCACCGAGACCUGCGGCUUUACAUGGCCUACACAAGUGGCCUGUGGCGGUAAGAAGUUCCUUGCCCUUUAUGUUGGGAUCAAUCUUUUCGCUUGGAUUCCUCGUGGCGAGUUAUGGCUUGUAGAUGGUCGCUGCCACCCACUUCAACGACGCAGUGAGCCGCUACAGUCUCCAACCGACUGCAGACAUUGGUUGAAAUUCCCUCCAAAUUUUAUCUUCGCCGUCAAAAAGAACUCCGUUGCGUUCUCGGCUGCAAUGGCGGCGAUGGUGUCGUUUGCCUCGUCCUUGCGCUGUAAGAGUGUAGGAGACGAUGACAGACGCGAUAAACUAUCGAAAGACCGCGACAGAGAUGGUACAGGAGUUAGCGAUUUCCCUGGGCCUUUCACACCUUACACUCUGCAAACACAAAGAGGAAAACAGAGCCCUCCACAUCUUCCUCAGCGGGCCAGGAGCCAUGUCUCUCCGGUUGGGCAGUACAUCAGGCGCAGCAUCUACGCACCCGAGGAAGCGGGUCCAACUCCGAGGACUCCUCGAAGUUCUCUUACCCCGUCGGCCGGGAGGACUCACAGUCAGGGAAAGACCAAGUUUCCGCAGUCAUCACGAGUCAGAACUUCAGCAUCGAGGCUUCAACAAAAAUCAGACCAUGCUGGAGUCUGUGCUUGGAAAGACAGCCCCACUACCGGUGUCGCUUCAGGCACCUCUACAGCUGGAGCAAGCCCAGCGAAGAGAUCAGACUACGUGCGACUAGAACAGUGCUUGCUUUCAACAGAGAAGGGUUUGUCCGCUCUUAAGUCGGAGCUGCGGCGUGUGGGGGGCCCUUACGCUGUCACACCGUCACUACAUGUUGACCUUGGCGAGAUGAUUGAACGGGGUCACUCGACGACUCGUGGGCACUCACCAAGAGGAAUAGUGACUGAAAGGGGAGGAGGAAGGCAUGGAGCGUCCAGCGCUGCCUCAUUUACGGCGGUACGCUCCCCCUCAGCCCGUGGAAGGCGGUUGGGCCUUGCAACACCGCGGUGUCAACCAAGUAGGGGACGAGCAGAGCGUCUCAGCAAAUCUAUGCCCCCUCGGUCAGACGCAGCCGUGAAGAGACCGAGUGGUUCUCCGCAGCCCUCUGACAUGAGGAGAACAUUGGUUCGAGAAACGUCAAGGAGAGUCGCUGCAGCUCGAGACAACGUGUCGCCACUAGGGUCCUCAGCAAAGUGUGAGAGAAGUCUUCCGAAGCAAGGUCCCACGAAAGGCCAUACGGGAAACACAGAAAUUGCUGCUGCGAGGGGCCUGUCACCGAAGCUUGAAGCGCUUAUUUCUGACGACGAAAAACAAAGAUUCAGGGCGGCCUGGAAGGAAGCUCAUGCGCAGUUGGCAGCCAAAAUGAACGAGUGGGUUCAUGGAUUACCCGAGGAAAUUCGAAAUCAGGUCACAAGGGCUUCUGGUGUGGACGCGAAGUUUCUCAUGCUCCGAGAUUAUGCGUUAACGCUAUGCAGUGCUGCAGAAAACAGAACUGCAACUUUGUCAGAUGCUCGCGUCAGGAACGACGAGUCUAUGCGGUGUCAGGGAACCGAGCAUUACAAAGCGGGAACGAUGCUGGUGGAAGUCCAAGGCGGGCUGCUUGCUGCAUCAAAGAAGGUCCAGCAGCUAGACCGCCUGAUUCGUCUGACACUGACGCAGAGACGCUUUUCAGAACAACAAGUGAAGUCCACUCACGACAACGGAAGCGCUACAAAAGGAAGCACGUCCCCUUACACGGCUUACACGUCGAUAUAUUCGUCAGAUUUGCCGCGAAAGAGAAACUUCCCCGGCGGUGACUGUCCAGUGCCUGUAGAGAGACAGAAAGCGCUUGGAGAACCAUGGGAGGAAAGUCUACUUGGCACGGAUGGUCAUCAGCAGUGCGAGUCUACGCCAGCGAUUGAACGAGCUGUCUUCAUUAAUGAAGACGAUACUCUGGAUCAAACCGUUGUGGACGCGGCCAGAACAUGUGGUUACUCGUCGCAUACGCCGAGCAGCACUUCCGAGGGAACAGACCAUCACUUGUGGCUUUCGUCAGACCCCCCGUGUACCAGCAGUGCCAGACACAAGUCGAGUGAAAUAAAUGCAAAUAACGAGUCUCUCACACAGCGUCGGCAACCCUGUAGAGAGACCAGUAAGGCUUCAGCCGAUUUGAGCUUGUCAGUGAUUCCGCCGGAGGGUUUGAGCUUGAAUGAAGAUGUUUCGUGGGCACAGAGUUUUAUUUCGGAUUGGUACGCGAAUCGCAGAUAG